UUGACAAUUGUAAAGAAAUUCUGACAAUUUGUUGUCAAUACAAAAUCAAAAAUUCCAGUACUCAAAACAGCUCAAAUGGUCACCAAAUCGAUCCUCAAAGGCAGUUCGAACAUUCCAGACGGCUUCAGGCAAAUCCACCCAGAAACUUUCUCGAGAAAGACAAAGAGCCAGAAGAAAAUAAAGCAGAUCGGAUCUCCAGGUACUAGUCACAUAUCCGAGAAUCUCUCGUCAUUAGCUGAACCCAAGAAGAGACCAAUUGUGAACAUGGACGACAGUCACUGGAAAGUGAAGAAUUCCACGUUGAAAUACAAGGCUACGAAGAGGAUAAGGUCUCUUGCAAGACCAAAGGCAGUCACGCCAAAAUGUAGAGAAUUAGUCGGAACUGCUAACACGUCGAUUUCUUCGGUUAGUCCCAGUGCUUUGAAGUAUCAACCGACUUCGAGAAUUAUAGAGUUGGCUAGACCGAAGGACUGGAUGUAUUAUGAGAAAUAUGAAUAGGGAGUUCGUUGGGUAUGCCUUCUUUCAAAAUAAAUAUCAAUACAAUACAGAAUGAUUAGUAGUAUUUAUCUAUAUUGAGUGUAUAUAACCUGAAUAUGAUAUUUCAAUAAAAAUAUUAUGUUGACUA